ACCCAACCAGACCAGAAGGAAGAGAGACCGGCGGGCGCACUCAGGCAGGGUGUCGACAGUUUUAGCUGAUCGCCGUUUUGUACAAUAUUUUAUGUUCUGUUAAACAAUCUGAGGUGCAGUUUAGUACGAAAACAGUGUUAGUCCACAUCUGCCCUAUCUGAGUCCUGGAACAUAUUUUCUAAGUGAAGGAUAAGCCGGUUCGCUAGGCCGUUUACGCGUUACACCAGAGUCCCUGUGGAAAAGUGACACUUAACAACAUAGUGAAAGCAUGAAGAUUCUAAUGGUGUUCGACUUUGACCACACUGUGGUUGAUGACAACAGUGACACCUGGGUGGUCAGAUGUCUUCCAGGUCAGACUCUUCCUGACAGUGUUAAGAAUUCCUACAAAAAAGGCCAAUGGACAAAGUUCAUGGGCCAGGUCAUGAACUACAUAGGAGACCAGGAGGUCAGCCCAGAGCGGCUCCGCAGUGUGAUGGAGACCAUCCCGUUCACGGCAGGAAUGACAGAUUUACUGACUUUCAUCUUGGAGAACAAAAGUAUUGUUGACUGCAUCAUUAUCUCUGACUCCAACACCAUGUUCAUAGACUGGAUCCUGCAUUCAGCCGGACUCCAGACAGCUGUCGACCAGGUUUUCACCAACCCAGCUAAGUUCAACGAGGCUGGGUACAUGGAGGUACAGUGCCAUCAUUCUCACGACUGCACUCGAUGCCCCGUCAACCUCUGCAAGAAGAAAGUCCUGGAGCUCUACCUGUCUGAGCGCUCCGACAGAGGUGUGGAGUAUGAGCGGAUCUUUUAUGUGGGAGAUGGUGGGAAUGAUCUCUGCCCUACUUCUUGUCUGAGAGAGUGUGAUGUUGUGAUGCCCAGGAAGGGUUACACUCUUGAAAAACUGCUGGACAAGCUUCAAGGUCAGGAAGAUCAUGCUUGUCUAAGAGCAACAGUCAAUGCCUGGAACAGUGGCACCGAAAUCCUCCAGGAGCUGAAAACAAGCAUGCAGACAUAGCUAAAGCCAGCAGAGGGAUAACUUCUCUUUUGCACUCAUUGGGGAGUGUGUCCUCAACUGCUUUCCCACUUUUCUACGAGUUUACUAUUUUGAUAGUACUCUCUCAUUUAUGGGAUUAUUUUUUUGUUUAUGAAAGUGGCUUGUUGUGUUCAUGAAAUGUAUUUUAACAUUGAUAACUAGCAAAUAGAAGGCUAGAAUCUUUUUACUUGACAUUUGUCUGGUUUGGGCAGCACAGCAGCUCAUGGUUAGCGCCGAGGUUUCCUACCACAUUCAAAGACAGUAUUGUGGACACUGGUGCUAAUAUACACAGCAGGCUUCUUUUACUGCACUGAUUUCACAGCACGUUUGCCACAGUUAUUUAAAUGCAUUGGCCCAUUUGGAAUAGCAGUGUUAAAGCAUAAAGCCUUGUGAUUCAGACAGUGCACACUCAGUAUCCCAAUACCACAGCAGCAAAGGUUCUUUGUUGAUUAAAUCAGUAUGGGCUACGCAUAGUUUUCACCUCAAGAGUUCAACAAAUUAAAUGCUUCCAAGCUUUUAGUCUUUAUUCUAGAGGUGGAUAUUAAGGGAUUAAAAGAAUAAUGUCGAAAUGUUUUCUUUAAAGGCAAAAAACGAGUAAUAGGCAGGAAUUUCCAUGAACAAUGAACCCAAAAGCAAUCUCUUUCAGGCUUCACUCAGAGAUGCUCUUCAGUAAAAAUGUUACACUGCUCCCUCUCUUCAUUUACUUUCUAGUUUGCUUGUCCACCUCUGCUCUUGUUGAGGAGGGGAGGAGAAGUCAAGUUUGAAUGUUGAGUUUCCAAAUGGGUACAGACAAUUGCCAUCAGUAGUAACUUUAUCUAGUAAUAUUAAAAAAAAAUGUUACUAAUGACAAAAUGAGUCACAUUCAUGUCUCCCAGACAGUGUGACAGCAGCAUGCAGAGUAAUGGAACCUUGAAAGUGAAGGAGCUAAAUAGAAUUCAGCCAUCAACCACUAUCUUAAUCAAUAAAUGUAGUUCUGUUGCUCUUGCCAGUAUUUUGAAGACCUCCACAUCAGCUUACCCCCAUUGACCCCAGCAUUUCCUCCUGCUUUUCAGGAAAUGCAAACUACAAUUCUUAUAGAAAAGUUCCACCCCCUUGAAUAUUUUACCUCUUGGAUACUUUUUAAUGUGAAACCAUGGUUAACAUAAUUGUGCUUCUGACAAGAAUUUGUAAAAUUAAACAACUCAAAGUGGAAAAACAAACAGAUUUUUUACAAAACGAUGUAAAUUAAGUAAAAUGUAUAGGAAAUGACUGCAUAAAUAUUCAGCUUCUGUGGGUCAGUAUUUUGUAGAUGCACCUUUGACAGGAAACACAGCACUUUUGAGUCUGUGUGGAUACAUUUGAUGCUCUUAGAAGAUCUUAGAAAUCUGUUUUCACUUUGACACAAGAAAGCUUUUUUUUUGGCAAAUUUUAUUGACUGAUUUUUAUGUAUAAAAGCAACAAAAGGGAAAAACCUCUAUAGGAGGUGAAUACUUUUUUAUAUUGGAUGUGACUAAAUUACAUUACCAUUUACCAAAUAUUGCUUGAUCGUGCUAUAAUGUCAGUUCAGAUAGAAGAGUGGUGAUUAAAAGCUACAGUCCUUGAAUUCAGGUUUGCACUGCAAGACAAGGUCAACUGUGUCUGACAACUCAGGUCUGUUUAUUUUUUCAUUUUUUUUUUCUGUUGUUGUUAUAAUCUUUGGACAAUCUUGAUAAUAUUAACUGGCUUUGUUGAACUUACUGAUGAAAUUAAACAACCAAAGAAACACA